AUGGCCUUCAUAAGUACUUUGAAGCGAUUCACCGGCAGAAGGGGCAUCCCAGAAGUCAUUAUGUGCGAUAACGCGACCAAUUUUGUAGGAGCGAGACGCAAACUGGAUGAACUCCAGCAGCUCUUCAUGACGGAGCAAGCGCAGAAAGCAAUCGUGUCCACAGCAGCCGACAAAGGAAUCGAGUUUCGCUUCAUUCCUCCUAAGUCACCGAAUUUCGGUGGCCUCUGGGAGGCUGCUGUAAAAUCGAUGAAGCACCAUUUGAGAAGGACAAUCGGUUUGAAGAUCGUAACUCCAGACGAAUUGGAGACCAUUUUGGUGCAAAUCGAAGCGUGCCUUAAUUCACGGCCUCUUACACCGUUAAGCAACGAUCCCGGGGACAUGGAUGUGUUGACACCUGGACAUUUCCUCAUCCAGCGGCCUCUUGUAGCGAUACCAGAGCCAUCAGUUCCAGAGCUACCAGACAACCAACUGCCAAGGUGGAAGCAAACACAGGCGUUUGACGAAGUGGACAAAGAAAAGAGCAAUUUGAGUGUGGGAACCAUGGUGCUCAUAAAAGAAGACAACAUGCCUCCUCUAAAAUGGUUGCUCGGUCGAGUGGUACAAAUCCACGCAGGAGCGGAUGGAAACAUAAGAGUGGUGGCGGUAAAAACGAAGGACGGUCGGUUAUCAUCGCAAGUUCACGGAACUUGGGAGUGCACGCCCGAGUGUUCCGUGAAGACCAAUAAGGUUCUACGAGAGUCGGUUUUGAAGCCGCUCUACAAUGAGGGUCGUCAACAGAAGUCGUGA